AUGGGAAACAGCUCGUCCUUAAUGCUGCGCGACGAGGAGAUUGACGAAAUCUCCAAGGAGACCGAAUUCAAUCGAAACCAAAUCGUGCGGCUCUACUCCCGGUUCUUGUCCCUCGAUAAGAAAGGACAAGGAUACUUGGAACGCGACGAUUUCCUGAACGUGCCCGAGUUGGCCGUCAACCCGUUGGGCGACCGCAUCGUUGACGCUUUCUUCACGUUGGCUGGCGACAACGAGCAGAAGCUGAACUUCCGCCAGUUCGUCCGCAUCCUCGCCCACUUCCAGCCGAUCAACCGCGGCAAGAAGAACGUGCUCAACGGCCGCAGGGACAAGCUGAAAUUCGCCUUCCAAAUGUACGACCUGAACAAGAACGGGUACAUCACGCGCGAGGAGUUCAAGGUGAUCCUCAACUCCAUGGUCGGCGCCAACAUCACGCCCGAACAGCUCGACAAAAUCGCCGACCGGACCAUCGAAGAGGCGGACGGCGACCACGACGGCCGGAUCUCGUUCGACGAGUUCUGCCGCGCCAUGGAGAAGACGGACAUUGAGGAGAAGAUGAGCAUCCGAUUCUUGAAU